AUGGACGCUCUGGAGGAAUCCCCUGACAUUCCCAAUCAUGACGACCUGUUGGAUUUCACUCGACGUUUCAAUGAGCAUAUCCUACUCGGUCCUACCUGUGGCAUCCCCUUCAGUGACGACGAAGAAGACGAGGAUGAUGAUGAUGAUGAUAAGGGGACAGAAAGUCUGCUCACCACGACAACCGGCGGCGGCACUGCGCGACACGUAGCAAGGCGGAAGAAGCGACAGAAGGGCAAAGUUAAGUACGGUCUCGCGACUCCCGAUCUUGUGCGGUGGCGAGCCGAGACCGAUCUACGAGUGCCAGAGGACAUUCGUCCACCACUCGGUCGCUUCCCCACCAUGCUUUCAAGUCCGAUCUGUGGUUUCAUAAUUCUUAUCCUUUUUGUUACUUACACGAUGGAAUCGAAGUUCGGUUUUGAUUUGAACUAUGGCAGCCUGAGGCAAGAUUCGUGGUCGGCGGUCUUUUGGGGUGUUCGCGAACUUCGUCGCCAAUUCCUUCUUCCUGUCAACCGACCGGUCAUUACUGUGGAGGUUGGAGGCACACGGGUUGUCUCCGACUUAAUGCAAAAUGCCAAGGUCAAUCCCCUCUUCGAACACCACCUAAAAUUCAUUGAUCUGAACCUCCCCCUGGACGACCAGUACUGGCCUCCAAUCACCGUUAUGUGCCAUGACUACCGCAUGUUCGGCGUUCGUAUUACGGUCGGGCUCUGCACACUGCCUGUAGCCACAGAUUUCUUUGAAAAGACAGCCCUGGGUGAGUAUCAAGCACUCCCCGUCGCAGGGUCCCAUUUACCUUCCCUGUAA